GCCGUGCAUCACCAACAGGAAUUAACACUGGAGAUCAGGGAGGACGGGUCAAGCCUCCAGGACAGCUCGGCCGCUCGUGACCAAGAAAUGGAAAAGCUGCAAGCCCACGUUCAGGAGCUGCAACAGCAGUGCAAAGAAGUGGAAACUCUGCUCAAGGGCGAGCUUGAGCAGAAAGAUGCUGAGCUCCGCAGCUUGAAUGCUGUGGUCUCGGAAAGCCAGAGGGAGAUGGAAGAGUUUCAGGAAACAUUCCGAACUCUGGAGGUAGAAAAUAAAGAGCUUUGGGUUCGGAUCCAAGAGCAAACUGCAGAACUCGCUGAGAUCAAGGAAACACUGAAGACAUCGAAGGAAGAGCUGGCUGAGGCAACACACCUAAGGACCACUGAACUGGAGAGCAGGAGCAUGGAGAAGAGUGUGCUGCAGGAACAGCUGCGGAGCCUGGAGAAUGAGUCCCGAUCAAAAGACCAGAAGAUCCAGGCACUACAGAACAAUAUGGACCAAGUCCAGCACUCACUCUUUGAGCAGGAAACGGUGUCUAGGAGCUUAAAGAGCCAGCUGGAGGAAAAGGAACACGUUACAGCCGAUCUGGAGCGAAGGCUGAAGGAAAUAGAGACCAGUGCCAAGGAGCUCUCCCAGAAGACUGCCUCCAAAGAACAAGAGGUGGCAGAACUGGAGCAAGUCCUGUCUGAGAGGACAGCCGAGAUGAGUAAUCUCCAGCAGCUUCUUACUGAGAAGGACCAGGAGAUGGCUGAGGUGAGCGUCGGCAUGUCUGCCAAGAUGGUCCAAGUCAGCGAAGAGUUUUUACUGAGCAAUGAGCUCAAAAAACUAAAAGGACAGCUGGAGGAAAUAGAGAAAGCAAAGGAGGGCAAAGGGGAAGGAGGAGGGCAGGAGGUUGCUGCAGAGUUUGAAGGCCAAUCCUCUGGUGAAGACACCCGUGGGCUGCUGUCGAAGGAAGAGCUGGAGACUUUGCUGAAAGAGAAAGAGGAUCUGGUAGGUCAGGUCAAUGGGAUGAAGAAGGAAAACGAGCAUGUGAAGAGGAAGCUCCAGGCAGCCUUGGUCCAAAAAAAAGAGCUCACGAAGAAGAUUCAAGACCUGGAGAAGAAUACAAAGACACAGGAGUUAGAGAGCCCUGCAGGGUCAGGAACUGAUGUCUCAGUGAAAAAGGAUGAAGAAGAACUGGAGAACCAGGAGAACAUAAAGGAGCUGCUGUUGGAGAAGGAGGCAGAGCUGCAGAACGUCACAAAGGAGAAAGAGGACAAGGAGAAAGCAGUAGCUGAGCUGGAGAUCCUGAUAUCAGAUAUGAAACAGGCCUUGAUAGAAAAUGCUGAGCUUGUAGAGUCGCUAGAAGAGAAAAUUAUCCAUCAAGAAACACUUCUUGCUGAGAUAGGGAAGAAAGAGGAGCAAAACAAGGCAAACCGCAGUGACGGCACUGAAGAGCCAGACACCAAGGAACACACUGCCCAGUCAACAGAGGACUUUGGAAAGCAAGAAAAAGCUGAGUUGGAGUCUCGGCUCUCCACCAUGGAGCAGGAGAGGGAGGCCCUGCAGAGGAAGCUUCAGGAGGCCCUGGCAUCCCGCAAAGACACCAUUAAAAAAGCUAAGGAGAAGGACAGGCACCACCGUGAGCAGAUGAAGCAGCAGAAGGAGGAUUUCAAUGCCUUAGUAGAGCGUCUCGAUGAGCAGAGCAAGGAGAAAGAGGACCUGUUACAGAGGCUGGGGAGCCUCCAGGAGCAGACCAGUGCUGGUGGAGGGGCAGGAGAUGACAAAGUAAUGGACAGUAAAGAGAAGGCUCAGCCUGAAAGGGAAGAGGCUGGAGGAUGGGGCCACGAAUGGAUAAACUUUUCCAGUGCAGGGACUGAACAGACCGUGGCUGUAGAGCCCCCUCGGGCAAAGGCAGAGGAGGAGAUGGCAGCAGUUCUUGAAAGCCUGAGGCAGGAGUACCAGAAUGAACAGGCUGCCAGACAGGAGCUGGAGUCCCAGCUCCAACAGUGUGAAGCCUGCCUGACAGAGAAAGAGGCAGAGCUCUCCAGGCUGCUGGAAGACAUACAGAGCCUGCAGGGCAAGGAGAAAGAGAUUGACGCCCUGUCCGCCGAGAUGGAAACAGUGAAGACGAAGUGCCAGCAGGCCGAAGUGUACGCAGAGACCCUGAAGGCAGAGAUAGAAGCUGCCAGGGCUGAGACAUCCAUAUUGGAGCUUCAGGUGGAGGUAGAAGAGUUCAAGAGGUUCCUGAGCCAGAAGAACGAGGAGAUCUCAGAGCUCAGCCAGCAGCUGAGUGAGCAAAACAGCAUCCUCAAGCUCAUGAAGGAAACCGUCUCCGAGAAGGACCAGCUGAUUCGCAGCUUGAGGGAACAGUUGGAGAAGGAGGAGGAGAGGAGCAAGAGCAUCCAAGCUGAGGUCCCUGUGAAGCAGGAGGAAGACUCCCGGCAGCAGCAGCUCCAGCGCAAGCUUCAGGCAGCGCUCAUCUCCAGAAAGGAGGUCCUCAAAGAGAACAAAUCGCUGAAGGAAAAGCUGACUGCUGCCAAUACAGCCAAGGCUGAGCUGAACCAGAGGAUAGCUGUCCUGGAGGAGGGUCUGGCUGAGCUGGCAGAGACCAGGACCAUAGUGGACAAGCUGAAGGAAGAGAGGCAGAAGCUGAUCGAGGAGAUGGACUGUGCCCUGCUAGAGAACCAGAGCCUGGGGGCCUCCUGCGAGAGCCUCAAGCUGGCCAUGGAGGGUGUCUUGCGGGAGAAGGAUGGUGUGGACCGAGAGAUGACCUCACUGCGAGCCCAGGCAGAAGAGGAGGCUGCACAGUGGAGUGAGAAGGUGAAGGGCCUGCAAGAGGAGUACGAGAUACUGCUGAAGUCCUACGAGAACGUGAGCGACGAGGCUGAGCGCACAAGGCGCGUGCUGGAGGCCGCUCGGCAGGAAAGGCAGGAGUUGCUGGGCAAGGUGAGGGUCAAGGAGACAGAGAAGAAAGAGGUAGAAGAGCAGCUGCAGGAGGCCAGGAAGGCGGUGGAAGGGAUGAAGGAUAAGAUGAGGAAGUUUGCUAAAUCAAAGCAGCAGAAGAUCUUGGAGCUGGAGGAGGAGAUCGAAAGGCUUCAUUCUGAAAUUCAUCCUGCAGAAAAGGAGGGAAGAAGGGACAGGCAGCAAGAGCAGGAGGAGCAGGCUGAGUUCCAGAGAGCCAGGGAGGAAUUAGUUAAGCUAAAUGCUGAGCUGGAGGCCACCAGGACCCAAAGGGACUUGCUGGAACGAGAGGCUGCAGAUUUUAAGCAGCGUCUUGAAGAGAAAGAGAAUGCAGAGCAAGCACCGGCGCCUCUUGUAGAGGAGGCUCCUGUAGCUGCAGCUGCCCUCCCGAGUGGGAAUUUGUCUUCUGAACCACCUGGGAAUGAAUCUCAUGACAGUCCACAGGAAGCUGACAAUGUCCCCAUGCAACAGGUCGAAACACAAACCCAGGAUCUUCAGGAAAUCCCUACAGAAGAAAAGGUGCCCAUGGACGAAACCGAGUCCUUAAUGCUAAAUGACACCAUUGCAUGUCUGAAACAGGCCGUGCAGACCUUACAGGAGGAGCUGGAGCGAGUGAAGGUUGCCAGAGAAGUUUUGAAGGAGGAGAAAACCUCACUGGAGGAGCGUCUGCAGCAAGCCCAGGAGAGAGAUGAACUCCUGCAGCGUUUGCUGUGGGAGAGGGAGGCAGAGCUGCGGGAGUCUGAAAGGCGCAGACAAUGUAUGGAGGUGGAGAAGGAUGAUCUGGAGGAGAAGCUGAUGAACCAGCUGGCUGAGCUGAACGGCAGCAUCGCCAACUACCAGCAGGAGGCUGCAGAGAGUCGGGACAGGAUCCGGGCACUGGAAGCCGAGGGCGCAAGGCUGAAGGAGAGGGAGUACAAACUAGAGAGGGAGAAGGCAGCGGCUGGAGAGAAGUGCCAGGAGGCAGAAUCGGUGGCAGAAAGAGAGAGCAGGAGGGCGGCGGAACUGGAGGAAGAGAAGAGACAAGCUCAGAGGGAGAAGGCUGAGUUAGAGGCUGGGAAGAGAAGGGAAUUCGAGGAGAGGUUGAAGUCGGCGCAGCGAGGCAAAGAAGGCAGCCAGAACUAUGCCCGUCAGCUGCAGGAGCUCCUCCGGGAGAAGCAGGCCGAGGUGCGGCAGAUGCAGCAGGACUGUAUCAGCUACCAGGAGAGCAUCAGCAACCAGGAGAAGAGAGCCAAGGCACUGGAGAUCGCGAGGGACGAGACCCGUCGGGACCUGGAGACAGCCAGGGCCGAGCUGGCAAAGGCCGGGGAGGAGAGGCAGAAAGCGGAGGCUGAACUCUUGUCUUGCAAGGUCCGUCUGGAUGACGUGCAGAGUGGGGCUGCCAAGGCACUGGCUGAGAAAGAGAAGCUGAGCAGAGAGCUGAGAGCCUGGGAGGAGAGAGCAAAGGAGAAAGAGAGGGAGGCAGAGAGCGAGACGGAGCGCAGGGUGGGGGCUGAGAAGGAGAGGCACAGACAGGAGCUGAGGCAGGCGGCGGAGAAGCUGCAGGCUGUGAGGAGGGAGAAGGAGAGAGAGGAGACCGCAGCCCGGGAAGUGAAGGCUGCCUUGGAUGCUCGGGAGGGCCAGGCCAGGCAACUGCAAGCCCGGCUGGAUGAGAGCUUGGCCCGGCUGGCAGCGUUCACGCACUCCAUGUCCUCAUUGCAGGACGACCGGGACCGCGUGAUGGACGAGGCCCGGCAGUGGGAGAGCCGCUUCCACAGCGCCCUGCAGGGGAAGGAGAAGGAAGUGCAGGACCGGGAGCUGCAGUGCCGCUCACUCACAGAGCAGCUGCGGCAGAACUCCAGCCUCCGGGAGGAGCUGCAGGCUAAGCUGGAGAGGCUGGAGAGCAGCGUGUCGGACUGGGAGUCCCAUUUUGGUGCUGCUGUGGAGAGCCACAGGCAGGCCCAGGACAGCCUGCAGGGGGAGACAGGGCGCCUGCGCUCCCUGCUGGAGGACUCCGAGACGGGUCUGAGGGAGGCACAGAGCCAGCUGGCAGCCCUGCGGGAGGACGAGGCAGCCCUGAGGGAGAGAGUCUCUGUGCUGGAGGAGUCUCUCGGGGGGCUGGAGCAGGAGAAGGAGAGCCUGGAGCGAGCUCUCAGAGAGCGAGAGGCAGACCAGCAGCGGCAGCGCUUCACCAUCGAGCAGCUGGUGACGGACCUCCGAUCCUCCAAGGAGCUGACUGGUCGGCUGCAGGGAGAGCUAGCAGAGAAAGAGCAGAGGGAGGUGGACCUCCUCGGGGCCAAAGAGCAGGCGGUGGCCCUUGCCGUGGAGGAGACCCGGGGCCAGCUGGCGGAGGAGGUCGAGCAGCUGGAGGGCAAGCUGAGGGCCGUGGAGAGGGAGGCCAGCGAGAGGCGGGGCGAGAUGGAGGAGCUGAGAGAGAGAGCCGCAGGCGCGCUGGAGGACAGUGGCCGCUGCCGAGCCCAGCUGGAGGCCUUCGCUGGGUCCAUGACCUCCCUGCAGGAUGACCGCGACAGAGUCCUGAACCAGUACAGGCAGCUGGAGGAGCGCCACCUGCAGGUCCAGCUGGAGAAGGACGCCCUGAUCCAGGAGGCAGCCGGGGAGAACAACAGGCUGAAGGAGGAGCUGCGGGGGCUGCGGAGCAGGGUGGAUGACCUCCACUCUGAGAACGCCAAGCUGACUGCGCAGCUGCUGCGCUACCGAGAGGACCUGAACCAGGUGCUCACCAUGAAGGACUCCCAGCAGAGGCAGCUCCUGAAGGCACAGCUGGACAGGAUCGAGGCCCUGGAGAGAGAGAAGGGAGAGGCAGAGAGGCUGGGGAAGGAAGCCAGAGAGGCAGCCCGGGCGUUGGAGCUGGAGAAGCAGGAACUCGGAGAGAAGCUCCACUCGCUGGAAGAAGCAGGACUGUCCAGACUGGAGACUGAAUUGGAGGAGCUGAGGGUGGCCCGGGAGAAGGUGUCCGCUCUGGAGGGAGAGCUGAGGGGCAAGAGGGAGCAGGCUGAAGAGAAUGUGCGGGCUGGUGUGGAGAGGGAGCUGAGGGAGCUGCGGCAGGACACCGGCAUCCUGAGGAACGAGGCAGAGACGGCAGGGGAGAGGGUGGCCGAGCUGGCAAGGGACCUGGUAGAGAUGGAGCAGAGGCUGCUCGCCGCCAUGGAGGAGGGCAAGGAGCUGCGAGCCCAGAAUGAGGCCUUCGGGAAAGCCAUGGACUCCCUGCAGAGCAGCCGGGACGAGGCCCUGAGCCAGCUGGAGAGGGAGCGAGCCGACAAGGGGAGCUUGAGAGCAGAGGUGGAGAAGCUCAGGGAGACACCCCAGGACUCCAGACAGCUGGGAGAGCAGCAGCAGGAACAGGGGGAGGAGGUGACCAGGCUGAGAUCGGAGCUAGAAGGGGCCCAGGCUCAGCUAGACUCCCUCUCCAAGGCCGUAGCCAGCCUGCAGGUGGAGAGGGACCGUCUGGCGAUGGAGCUGACGCAAUCUAGUAAGGUGCAGGAGAGCAAACAAGGAGCAUCAGCGCCCCCUGCUGUCUCCCAAGGGGAGGUGCACAGCCUGAGGAGAGCUCUGUCUGCACUGCAGAGCGACAGGGAGAGGCUGGAGCUGAAGAAGCUGCAGGAUCAGUAUGUGCAGAUGGGUGAGAAGACGGGCGAGCUGGGCCGGCUGCGGGAGGAGCUGGCAGAGGAGCGGAGGAGAGGGCAGGAGUUCCGGGAGCGCCAGGAGCAGCUCCAGAGCCAGGCACAGGAACAGGAACAGCAGCUCCACUCACUCCGGCUGGAGCAGGGAGGCUGGCAGGCCCAGGCUCAGCGUCUGAAGGAGCAGUACCUCAACGCCCUGGCUGACAAGGACCAGCAGCUGGAGGACAUGAGGAGGCUUUUCCAGGGGGGGCUCGCAGUGACUGGAGCCAGGCUCAUCCAGGAGGAGCAGUAUCAGAGAGAGGCUUCCUCAAGGUCAGCCCUCUCCAGCGAGGCCCCAGCCGAGGAGCUGCAGGUUCUUCGGAUGGAGAGUGAGCAGCUGAAAGGCCAGCUUGAGGACAGCCUGAAGCAGCUCCACCAGAAAGAGCACCGCAUUCAACAGCUCAGUAACAAGCUCUCACAGCUGUUUGAAGAGAAGACCUCUCUCUCUGCCCAGCUGUGUGGGAGCAGCCAGAGCCUUCGGGACUGCCAGCUGAGACUGAGUGAGGUGCAGAGCCGCUGUAGCGCCCUCCAGAGCCAGCUGCAGGAACUGCAGGACGACAAGAGCAAGAGCUCCCCCGAGGUGCACACAGCCCCUGGGGCCCCGCAGGAGAAGAGCCCGGCCGAGCGCGAGGUCUACCAGACUGACAUGGAGGAGCUGCAACACAGGCUGGGGGCAGUGGAAGCUCAGUGGGGCCGCGCCCGGCAGGAGCUGCUCCAGUUGGAAGGGAGGCUGUUGGAGGAGCAGGACAGGCGCUUGGCUGCGGAGGAGGCCCUGUCCACAGCCGAGGAGAAAGUGAAACGCUUUGAGACGAGCGAGUGGUGUUCUGGGCAGGACCAGGACCCCCAUGAACACGCCCUUCUCAUCGAGCCUGACGAAGUGUCGCUUUCCAGGACUCGCAGCGCUGGCGGUCCGGGAGUGAAGCGGUUCCUGCUCUCGCUCUUCUGCUCACGGCGCCGCACCCCCCUGCUGGCCACGCUGUACCUGCUCACUGUGCACGCCCUGCUGCUGCUCUGCCUGUCCGGACUCCUCUGAGUCACACAGACAGGGGGCGGGGCUUCAGCAGGAUCCAGCACACACAAACAGGGGGCGGGGCUUCAACAGGACUCCAGCACACACAGACAGGGGGCGGGGCUUCAACAGGACUCCAGCACACACAGACAGGGGGCGGGGCUUCAACAGGAC